CAAGUACACACAAAAACAAAAAACAACUUUCAAAUUAUUUUCAAGUUGAGGGCAUUUCAAAAAAAAAAAGUUUCAAAACAAGUAGUUUAGCAGUUUAGGGAAAUGAUGAAGAUGGCACUAGGGUUUUGCAGCCUGGUGUUGAGCUUACUUGCAUCGCAAGCCGAAGCUAGGGCUUUCUUCGUGUUCGGAGAUUCUCUCGUAGACAAUGGCAACAACGAUUUCUUGGCUACCACGGCUCGUGCCGACAAUUAUCCAUACGGCAUUGACUUCCCGACUCAUAUGGCCACCGGCCGAUUCUCCAAUGGCCUUAACAUCGCCGAUAUAAUCAGUGAGUAUAUAGGUCAACCGGCGCCAUUGCCGUACCUAAGCCCCUUUCUCAAGAAGCAUAAGCUCCUCAUCGGCGCCAACUUCGCCUCCGCCGGUAUCGGGAUCCUCAACGACACCGGAAUCCAAUUCAUAAACAUCAUUCGGAUCACGAAGCAACUAGAGUACUUCGAGCAGUACCAAAGGCGAGUGAGCGCUAUGAUCGGAGAGGCUCAGACGCGGCAGCUCGUGAACGGAGCUCUGGUCCUAAUAACACUCGGCGGCAACGACUUCGUCAACAACUACUACUUGGUCCCUUUCUCCCUCAGAUCUCGCCAAUUCGCUCUCCCUGACUACGUGGUUUAUCUCGUCUCCGAAUACCGCAAAGUUUUACGGAAACUGUACGAUUUGGGAGCUAGACGUGUCCUGGUGACGGGCACGGGGCCGAUGGGAUGCGUCCCGGCCGAGCUGGCACAGCGCAGCCGCGACGGCGAGUGUGCGGUGGAGCAGCGGCGGCGAGCCGCGUCAUUGUUCAAUCCACGGCUCGCCCAAAUGAUCAAUGACCUCAACGGCGAGGUAGGAUCGUCGGUCUUCAUUGCAGCUAAUACUCAGCGAAUGCACAUGGAUUUCAUCAGCGACCCCCAAGCCUAUGGAUUUGUGACAUCGAAGAUAGCAUGUUGCGGCCAGGGACCGUACAACGGGAUAGGGCUGUGCACACCGGCAUCGAACCUGUGUCCGAACAGAGAUCUCUACGCCUUUUGGGACCCUUUCCACCCUUCCGAGAAAGCAAAUCGGAUCAUUGCUCGUCAGAUUCUCACUGGCUCCCCUCAGUAUAUGCACCCUAUGAACCUAAGCUCCAUCCUCACCCUUGAUUCCAUGACCUAAUCCUCCGAAUCGAACGGUUCUGUUGCUCUGCGUGUGUGUGUGUGUGUGUGUGUUUUUGUCAGUGAAU